AUGGUCACCCCGGCGUCCGCGGGAGGGACGCCACGCGAGCUGGCGCCAUUCAUCAAGCGCGCGGACGAGAUCCAGGCGCACAACUCGCUCAUGGCCUACUACUGUCGACUGCAGGCGGUCGAGCUGGGCAUGGCCGCGCCGCCGGAGCGCCGCCCGCACCGCGUGCUCGCCAGUCUCAUCGCCAAUCUCGAGGCGACCAAGCCCAAGGCUGGGCUCGUCGACCCCGCCACGGACUUCGCCGUGUGCAGGCAGUUCGCGCUCUCGGUGUACGCGCGCGCGGACAGAAACGACGUAAACGCGUCGGGGACGUCGAACGCGCCGCCGACGCGGACGCAGGUCGAGGCGUUCAGCGCCGCGGGCACCUUCCUCGCGGCGCUCGAUCAAUCGUCGUUUGCCGGAAUGUGCGACGACGACAUUCGCGCGCGACGGGAGUACGCGGAGUGGCGCGCGUGGGACCUGGCGACGGCGAUGCACGCGGGACGCCAACCGUCGCCCGUCAACGGACACGGCGGCGGUUCAUCUCCGAAAGAAACCAGGGGGGGGAUCGACGCGUUCACGCCGCCGCCGCCGGCCGCGCCGCGCUCGCCCCCCGCGCCCGAGCGGCCAGCUGUGUCCGUCGAGUCCCGAUUCGAGUCCCUCGCCGUCGAGACGCCCCCGCACGCGGCCGUGCCGCGUUCGACCCCCGAGCCGCCUCCCUCCGCCGCGCCGUUGCCGCCGCGGCCGCCGCCCCCGCCCGGUCACCGCUCGCCCUCCAUGGAACCCCCGUCGCCGCGGACGUCGGACCCUGACGGGAGCCGGUGGGAGCCGCAGUGGGGCAACGGGGGAGCGCCGCACCGCGAGGACGACGCGGUGCUGUACCGGGAGAGGGAGGGCGGAUACAAGCUCGCGAGGGUCCUGAAGGUGGACACCAGCGUCGAUCCGCCGGGGUACGUGGUGGAGGUGGACGGCGCGGAGCGCAGCACGGAGGCGGGGAGGCUGGCGCCCGCGCCCAAGCCGCGGCGGCGAAGCGACGGAGGCGGGGGCGGAUUAACUCAAGGAUUAACUCAAUCGACGGGGGGCGGGAACGGGAGCGACAGCGACGGGUGCGUGGACGCGUCCGCCGCGUUCGCGCCGCCGUCGCGUUCGGGGUGCCGAGGGGGUGCCGAGGGGGUGCCGAGCGACGCGUACGUCCCGAGUAGGAGCGACAUGGCGCUCGCGCACGAGUUCGCGAUGGAGGCGGCGCAGUGUCUGGACCCGAGCCGCGGGGACCACGAGGGCGCUUUGGAGUUUUUGAGACGCGCGACGGACGCCCUGGAGCGACGGCGUUGA